UAAUUUUCGAUAAGAUAAUUAAGUGAAUCACUAGGAAAACCCCACUCUCAUUUCAUUUUUGGUUGUUGUAUUUAGGAUAUGAGAUAUAUAAGAGUGUUGGUGUGACCUAAAGGUCAUUGAGUUUAAAGAUAUUAAGCAAGAAGGAACAGUUUAAAGUUAAAUAUGAAGAUUUUAGUGAGUAGGAUUUGUAAACAUUCAAAAGCAAGAAAUAAAAAUCAGUCAGUAUUUGAAUGUAGAUUAAAAAUUAUUAAUAUUGGAAUUAUUUUUUAUAUUUUAAUAUCAAAUACUUCGGCUGCUAGUGAUGAAACACAAAACAAUGCUGAACGAAUAAUAAAAUAUCGGGACACGAGUGUAAAUCCAUGUGACAAUUUUUAUCAAUUCGCUUGUGGUAAUUACGCACGAGCGAAUGUCACUCCGAUACAUGAACAACAAAAAUCUAUAGUUGCUGAUAAAAUAAGCGAUUUGAUCCAAAAAGGAACCGGAUCAAAAGAUUUCAAGCCCUUUAAGCUCAUUGACGAUUUAUACAAAACAUGCAUGAACGAAGAUGCCAUGGGACAAGAAGCUUUAGCUAUCCUAGACCGAAUUCUUAAAAAAUUGGGCAAUUGGCCAGUAUUCGAAAAUGACGAAUGGAAAGAGUCGAAUUUCGACUGGAUCGACUUUACAAUAGGAUCAAAAAAAAUAGGGCUGGAUAUUAAUUAUUUUUUGGAUUUGAAACCCUGGCGGCUAGUGGAAUUAAAUAAAACUUCCAUAAGAUAUUUAAUAGACAUUGCGCCAGCCGAAUUCAAAGAUCCUGUUACCAAUGCUUCUGACCCUCUGUUGGUUGCUUACGGAAAAUAUAUCGCGAACGUAUUUGCGUUAUUAAAAAACAAACAAAAUUCCUCGAAGGAAAUAAACGAAAUUAUUGAAUUUGAAAGCCGGAUUUCGGAAAUAAAUUUGCAAAACUAUAAAGAAGCUUACAGAGAAAAAUUGACAAUCCAAGAAUUGAUAAAAAGAUGGCCGUCAAUAAAUUGGAAUGAAUUAAUAAACAAUAUUAUAAUACGUAACCUCAAAACUCCUGUAGAAAUAACCGAAAUAACUUUAUGGUCCAGUCAUGCCGUCUCCGAAUUCAUUGAACUCUUGGCAAAAACUCCGAGACAUGUCCAAGCAAAUUACGCAGUAUGGAAAAUAAUUCAAAACACGAUUCCCCGUUUAAGUGAAAAGUAUCGUAACCUAAAACGCGAAUACUGUUUGACUCAAAAAUGCGAAAAUGCGACACACGCGCUCUCUUGCGUUGGCGUCGUGAAACGACAUUUAGCACCCGCUGUAAAUUUACUGUACGCUAAAAAUUACUACAAGAAUGACAUCGACACGGUUAUUAGUAAUAUGAUAGAUAAUUUGAAAGAGGUUCUAGUGAAUUUGGUCAAUGAGUCAACUUGGAUGGACCAAGAAACCAAGAAAGUGGAGAUUGAGAUAAUCAAAAAUACGCAAUUUGUUAUUGGUUACGAGGAAAAAAAUAAAAGUGACGAAGAAUUCGUUAAAUACUACGAAAAGUUAGAAGUUGAUACGGAUAAUUAUUUCCAGACGCUACUGAAUUUAGAGUUAUUUAGCAUUGAAAAUAGAUUUGAUAACAGUACGGGCUUGGAUGCUGAAAGUUCAAUUAAACUUUUUGACAGUUUUUAUCCUUUGAAUAUAUCAGGAAAAAUAUACAUACCACUGCCGUCACUAAGCAAACCAUUCUUUGAUGUUAACUAUCCAAUGUACGUAAAUUACGGUUACUUGGGAACAUCUAUUGCCAAUGAACUCAUCGAAAGUAUUACCACUUUAGUAAAAGAUUUUGGUCAUGACAACGCCAUUAAUAAUGAAACAAUAACAUGCUUUCGAAAUCAAUUAAAUAUAUUGAACAAUACUCAUCAUAAAUCGACAGCAAACGUAUUAGAUUUUUCAGUAAUACCACAAAUUACUGCGCAAAUGAGUAUGAAAAUUUCAUAUCUAGCUUACCGACGAGCUAGUAAAAAUGUUGAGGAACCAGCGCUACAGCAAUUACCCUACUCGAAUAAUCAAUUAUUCUGGAUCAAUUCCGCACAGAAUUUAUGUACAGAUGAUUUACCAAAUGAGCCGAAAAUAAUUGAUAACAAAUACACAGGUUUUGAAUUUUAUUACGCAAAAAUAUUGACAAGCAUCCGGGAAUUCCACGAUGACUUCAAUUGUUCAAGUGAUAAAUCAUUCAUUAAAUUUUAUGGAAAAUCAUGUAGUUAUUUAUGAUUUCUGUUAAUAUUCUAUUGUCUAUAAUAUAAUGAAUCAUUAAUAUUUAGGUAUUUUUAUUAGUUGUUACUGUAAUGUGUAAUUAAGUUCAGAUUUUGU